AUGCUUUUUCAAUCUAUCCUCUUCACAGCUCUAUCCGGGGUUUCCCUCGUUGCCUCAGCUGCCCUCUCAAGGCGCGGCAGCUCCUUCGAACUUGUCGAUGGUCCCUUCUUCACCUUUCACUAUAAAACCGAUCGACCCUCGGAGAAUAACUGGAUCGGUAUUUACAGUAUUUAUGGCGAGGGUCCUGGCAAAGAGGACCCCAUAUAUUGGGACUGGAUGCGGGAGUCGGAAGAAACCAAACGAGUUGAUGACGCCCACCUCAACUGGGGCGCCUAUAAAGCCUACUUCCUGGUUGAUAGUGGGUACACGGUGCUUGCUGGUCCCAUUGACGUUUUUAUUUCCGGUGACGGACCUAUCUCGUUUAAUGUUGGAGAAUUCACGACUCAGAAUGCCCGUGAGGGAGAGAAGUUUGAAGCUCGUGUGAGCGGCCUUUUACACCACGCCCCGAACCCCAACACCAAGUACAGCAAGGAAAGCUCUGACGCCGACUGGGCCAGUGUAUCCGAGAAUGGUAUCAUCUCCGGAACCCCUAGCGGCAGUGGUAGCUUCAAGAUCACCAUUAGGGCUGCUACUUCUGACGGAUCUACUGCCACAGUCGACGUCACUGUUCCAGUAGUUGCCUCUGGCAAACCCCUUGUCACUGAGCUUAAAGUUCUGUCCCUGAAUCUUUGGUACGGAGGCACUAAGGUCGACGACUACAACCGCAAGCAAAUUUCAGCCAUUGCCAACUCUGGUGCUGACAUCGUCGGUCUCCAAGAAAGCACCCAUGGCCACGCAACUCAGAUUGCAGACGCGCUUGGUUGGCAAUCGUGGCAGGGCGGGGAUUCCAGCAUCAUCAGCCGGUAUCCCAUAUCUGAAAAGUACGGCGCAGUCACCGAAACCAGUGUUGCUGUGCGAGUUGCUCUCGACGGUGACAAUAAUCAGGUCAUCAUCCACAACUGCCACCCUUACGCCUACCCCUAUGGGCCUUAUGAUCCUUGUUUCGACGGAAAAGACGCCGACGCCAUAAUGGACACUGAGAAGAGGGCCAGCCGCAUCCGUCAGAUUGAAGCCAUUAUCGGCGCUAUGGCGGACGCCCUCGACAACGCUGACAAAGUCCCCGUGCUUCUUACCGGCGACUUCAAUGCGCCCUCUCACCUCGACUGGACCGAUGCGACAAAUUCCUCUCACUGCGGCAUUGGGCAGUUUGACUGGCCCACCUCCAAGGUGCCUAUUGACGCCGGCUUGACCGACGCCUACCGCGAGCUCCAUCCAGAUCCUGCCGCUGACCCCGCCAACACUUGGUCUCCCAUCUAUCUUAACAACGAUGAUUACAAUGGCCGUAAGGAGCCUAUGGACCGCCUCGACUUUGUCUACUAUAAGGGAAACCUGACUCCCGAGAAGUCUGAGACUUACAUGGUUGGCGACCCUAAGCCCGAGCCGGACCACUUCGAUAACGAGUGGCCCACCGAUCACAAGGGCGUCCUUGUCACGUUUAAGAUUUCAACUUAA